GGAAUACAAUGUCACAAAGGUGUGUUGGAACCUGGCACAUUCGCCCUACACCUGCCGAGUUUGAAGGGAGACCCGAUCUGAAGAAAACAUGGACCGGGCCUAUAAGCAGCGAGAUGUAUGGAAAGGGGUUGAAGGAUCUGUGUAACAAGACAGAGGAAAACCUCACCAGGCUUUCUCAACAAAUGAAAAAAAUGGAUCCAUGCAUUGAUUAUGGCAUAAAACAUUGGCAUCCAAACGCAAGACCUGUGUCAGCAAAACCACAGCAAAUUGAAAGACCCAAGACACCAGGUAGAUGGAAAAGUGUAGAAGUUAUGUUCACAGAUAACAAAGUACUAGAUUCUCUUGGAACCCAUGUAAAUGUGGACAGAGAUACUUAUGUGGAUCCACCUGCCAAAAAAAGUUUUUGCUACCUGUGUACAACAUUAGAAGAACAUGAGAGACAUAUGUUACAACAUAGGCCAAAGAGAAGACCAAAGUCGGCCAAACCUAGGAUAGAAUAUAUUGCCCCUAUACCAAGACAAAAGGUGAAACACAGUGAUGAUGAAGAGAUUGUUGUCAGAGAGAGACUGUAUAAAGUAGAGGUGUUCACGUCAGAUAAAAUGAACGCAGGAACCAACGCAAACGUAUUUGUAACAAUUAAAGGCAGCCAAGAGAUGUUGCCACGUACACAGCUUAAGAAGAAUAGAGGCUGUUCCCAGCUUUGUUUUAUGAGAGCUUCUAAAGAAGUGUUUCAUGUAAAAGGACCAUUUCUUGGAAAUCUAGAAAUUCUUACAAUAGAGCAUGAUGGUGUAAAGAAAAAUCAAGCCUGGCAUUUAGAUCAUAUUGAGGUGACAGACGUGAAGGUCAUGAUGACGUGGGUAUUUCACUGUGGUGAAUGGAUCUCGAUAUUUGAGAAACCAUUCUACAGUAAUAAACUUGACCUACAAGCACAACAGAAAGAAACCCCAUUAACAGACUACACAAUAGAAGUGCAUACUGGGAAGCAGAAAAUGGCCGGCACUGAUUCAAACAUCUUUCUAACAUUGAUGGGUCAGCACGGCAGUAGCAAGAAAAUACAUCUUGUUGACCCAUCAUCUGAUAAAAAACUGUUUGAAAGAAAUAGUGUCGACACAUUUAGAAUACGUAUACAUGGUGUCGGGGAGUUGAGGAGAGUUAGAAUAGAGCAUGACGGGAAAGGUUUCGCUUCCGGAUGGUUUCUAGAAAAGAUAAUCAUUAAAGACAGUGAACGUCCUAAAGACACAUUUUACUUCACAUAUGGAGGUUGGAUAGCUCAAGAUGAGGGAGAUGGUAAACUAUGGAGGGAAAUUAGGGCCAAAAAACAACUCAGCAAAGAAAUUAACUCAGAAACGUACAAAGACAGGAAAAUAAAAAACAAGUCAUUUGGACCAGGUACGGAGACUCGAUAUCAGAUCACCGUGAAGACUGGCGAUGUACGAUACGCUGGCACAGAUGCUAACGUCUUUAUACAACUGGCCGGUGAGAAAGGCAUCACCAAAAAACUCAAGUUAGAUGACGCAAAGAAUAAUUUUGAGAGGAACAUGGUUGACAAUUUUGAUUUGAGAGCUAUUAAUGUUGGAGCAAUGAAGCAUAUUGUGAUCGGACAUGACAACUUUGGUCCAGGGGCCGGCUGGUUUCUAGAUAAUGUGACUGUAAGAAGAUAUAUCCCCAAAGAUGAGGCCAGGGAGAGACUUCAUAAGAUCAAGAAAAAAUUGAAGCAUGAAAAAAAGAAAAACAAGAAAGACCGAAAGUAUGAUUCUGAUGAUGAACUGGAGUCUGAUACUGAUGAUGAAGAUAUUGAUGGAAAAUCAUCUAAAAAGAAGCAAAAGAAUAAAAAGAAGGAAAAAGAUAGGAGUAAAGAUAGGAAAGGAAGUAGGAAAGAAAAGCGAGACAUAUUUUCGGUUUCAAGUGAUUCUGAAAAUUGUUCAGAAGAAGAUUCAGAUAAAGAAAAACGCUCAGGACUACCACGCAGACCUGGUUCCGCUAUGAGAAGACCAGGAUCGGCACUACGCAGAGACUAUCGUGAUCGUGAUAGUUCGGACCGGGAAAGCUCAGUUUCGAGACGAUCUGGCUCAAGUCGAAGUAGAGAUAAAGAUAGUAAAGACAAAGACAGAUACAAAAAAGACAAAAAAUCUCGAAGUGAAUCUAAUAAAAGAAAUGACAGUGAUUCUGAUGAAAGUGAUGAGAAUGGUAGAAAAUCGAAAUCUCCGGUUUUCAAUCGAUCUGGUCGUAGGAUUAGUACCAGUGCUUCUAGUCUUAAACGUCAGGAAAGUUUAAAUCGUAAAGGAAAGUCAAAAACUGGUGACUAUGAUGAUGAUGAUUUGGAUGAAUUAAAAGUUCCUCUUUACGAAGAAUGUUUCUUUGAAUGUAACAAGUGGUUUGCAGCAGAUGAAGAUGAUGGUCUAUCUGUUAGAGAAUUGACAGUGACAAGAAAACAAACAUUCUACAAGGAAAAGCCGAUGCAUUAGAAUGUUUUGGUGACUAGUUACAAACAUGUAUAUAUCAAUCAAAAGAGGUGAUUCUGUCUGAUAUUUGUCCAUAUCACAUGAAAUCCAUGACAGGUGAUAAAUGCUAUAGCUUCUGCCUUCUUUAACCUGCCAAAUUUUGUUUAAGGACUUGUCCUGCUUCCAUUUCUGUCCAUAUGACUUGAAAUCUUUAACAGAUUAUCCAUAUCUUAAAUUUUGCCUUCUUUAACCUUUAUCCUUCUUAAUUUUAGAUAGAUCAACUUGUCAAAGUUAUAAUUUUUGGAAUUGUCUAUUUUCAGUUUUAGGGAUAUCAUGAUAAAAAUUCAAACUCAGUCAGCCACUAUUAUAGAGCCUGGUCAGACUGCACAGAUGUGAAAGCUGA